CGCUAUUUCCUGUUUUGUUUGUUUAUAUUCGUUUUAGGUAUUUGAGGUUAUAAAUAAAGGUUAGGUUUGUGUCGAUAAGUUCUGUGUUUGAAUUGAAUUUUUCUAAAUAACGAUAAUAAAAAAUACCUGUUAUUAUUGAGCUGAGUUCCUUAAAAAUAUUAAAAAGUGAAAGGUAUCUGAAAAUAAAAUGCCUAAACCAGAAACAUAUUCAAUGCCACUGCGCAAAUUGGAGAAAGUCCUCGAGGUUAUGGAAAACCGGCCAUACACAGGGAAUUUAUCAAUCUGCAAAAGGAACCUAUGUUUAAUGCAAUCAUGGAAAUCUGUGCCUGGAAAUUCAAAGAAGGAUGUUGUGUCAAUAAGCUAUAGGUUCCGAAAAGCUGUGAAAGGAGCAAUUCUAAACCAUGACUGGGACAAGCUACUCUACUUCCUCACUAAAUGGCCACUGCUGGACUGCAAUGACAGCACUGUACGAUUAAAAGUAGACCAUGACACAUACUAUAGGGCAUACCAAAUCUUACUGUUCAAUCACCCAUACGCCCGCUCCAAUGGUUUGCUAAUGGAAUACUUCCACAUGGUGCUGAGUUGCCGCCAUGAUGAAGACAAGAAGGCCCUCAUGAAGAUUCUCGCGUGUCUCCCGAAUAAACUCCGCAUGCGGAGCAACGUUGUCAAGGAAGAGGCUGAGAAAACGGAAACUAUAAGUCUUGAUGAGACCGUUGUUGGGACAACUGAAAGAAAUGGAGAUGUUUCUAUAGCUGAUCAUGAAAUUAUUAUGACAUAGAUAAACUAAGUUUUUAUAACUGACAAAGUUCAAGUUCUUAUCAAUUGAUUGACACUAUGAUAACUCUUUAGUUAGGAAUUUUAAUGUGAUAUCCUAGGAUAACUUAAUUUAUUGGAUGCAAAUAAAAAUAUUUGGUAUGUUUUA